AGCGCUUCGCUCUCCGGGUGUACCCCAGAUGCUAUGGGCUAGUUUUGGCGGCAUUCGCACCCUCUCAUCUGCCGUCGGGUCUUUCAGUUCUGCCACCUUCAUCUCAUCUCGGGCCCAGGGCCCAGUUUCUUAGUACUAUGGAUCCUUUGGACGCUUGGGACUUUUCACCUUUACUGUCAUUGUGGAUAAAUAGAUUUUAUAUAUAUGUGGGCCUUGCCUUUGGUAUUAGCCUUUGGAUUUGUUUUCAGAUUGUCAUCAGAAAACAGGACAAGAACUCACAGAACAAAAGUCUUCAAGAAAUAACUGAGAAUUUGGUGACAAAUGGUUAUGUUUCUGUUCCAAAGAAGGAAGUCUUUGUGUCUGGAGUAAAGAUUUUCUAUGGUUCCCAGACUGGAACAGCCAAGGGAUUUGCAACAGUUCUUGCUGAAGAGAUUACUUCCCUAGACCUGCCAGUGACAAUUAUUAAUCUGAAAGAAUAUGAUCCCGAUGAUCAUCUUGUGGAAGAGGUGACUAGUAGAAAUAUCUGUGCCUUCCUGGUUGCUACAUACACCUAUGGUCGACCCACAGAGAGUGCAGAGUGGUUUUGCAAAUGGUUGGAGGAAGCAUCUAGUGAUUUUCGAUUUGGCAGGACGUACCUGAAGGGUAUGAGAUAUGCAGUGUUUGGCCUCGGAAAUUCUGUCUAUACAAGCCACUUUAACAAGGUUGGCAAGAAUGUUGAUAAGUGGCUCUGGAUGCUGGGGGCUUCUCGAGUAAUGACUCGAGGGGAGGGUGACUGUGACGUGGUGAAAAGCAAACAUGGCAGCAUUGAAGCCGACUUCAGAGCUUGGAAGACCAAGUUCAUCUCCCGGCUACAGAUACUCAAGAAAGGAGACAAAAAAACUUGUGCUGGUAACUGCAAGAAAGAUGCAUGUGAGUCUAAUCAGCAUCGCUCACAGGAAGUAGAGGCAGAGUCUCUCACUCGAACUGAACCUCACUGCCAAGACACCGAGGAGGAGGACUGCUUUGAGAGUUCCAGUGAGGAAGAAAACAGUACUAAGGACCUUCAACAGCUGAAUUCUUUGGUUGAUGUUGAGGAUCUUGGCAAGAUUAUGAAUAGUGCGACGAAAGAAAAGAAAGAAACAGAACGGCAGGAUGAGAAAACUGGGGUUUUCAGGCACUCAUUGAAGAAUGAAGCAAUUGAGCGACGAGCUAUGAUAACUCCUGCUCUCCGAGAAGCUCUCACCAGACAAGGUUAUCAGUUGAUUGGAAGCCAUUCUGGGGUGAAGCUCUGCAGGUGGACAAAGUCUAUGCUUCGAGGGAGAGGAGGUUGCUAUAAACAUACGUUCUAUGGCAUUGAAAGUCAUCGUUGCAUGGAAACUACCCCAAGCUUGGCUUGUGCAAAUAAAUGUGUCUUCUGUUGGCGACAUCACACCAAUCCAGUGGGUACUGAAUGGAGGUGGGAGAUGGACCAGCCCGAAAUAAUCUUAAAGGAAGCCAUCAAAAAUCAUCAGAACAUGAUCAAGCAGUUUAAAGGAGUACCCGGUGUCAAAGAAGAGCGCUUUGAGGAAGGAAUGACAGUAAAGCACUGUGCACUGUCCCUUGUGGGAGAGCCCAUCAUGUACCCAGAAAUCAACAGGUUUUUGAAGCUACUCCACGAAUGUAAAAUCUCUAGUUUUUUGGUCACAAAUGCACAAUUUCCCAGAGAAAUCAGGAACCUCAAACCAGUUACCCAGCUCUAUGUUAGUGUGGAUGCCAGCACCAAAGAGAGUUUGAAAAAAAUUGACCGCCCCCUCUUCAAAGAUUUCUGGCAAAGAUUCCUUGAUAGUUUGAAAGCGCUGGCAACAAAGCAACAACGUACUGUCUACAGACUGACCCUAGUGAAAGCAUGGAAUGUGGAUGAACUACAGGCUUACGCUGAGCUGGUGUCCCUGGGUAAUCCUGAUUUCAUUGAAGUAAAGGGUGUCACCUACUGUGGAGAGAGCUCAGCAAGCAGCCUUACCAUGGCCAACGUGCCCUGGCAUGAAGAAGUGGUCCGCUUUGUCUGUGAGUUGGUCGAUCUAAUCCCUGACUAUGAACUUGCUUGUGAACACGAACAUUCCAAUUGUCUCCUGAUAGCCCACAAAAAGUUUAAGAUUGAUAGUGAAUGGUGGACGUGGAUUGAUUAUGAUCGCUUCCAAAAGCUCAUUCAGGAAUAUGAAGACAGUGGUGGAUCAAAAACAUUUGGCGCCAAGGAUUAUAUGGCCAAAACUCCUCCCUGGGCUUUAUUCGGUGCCAGUGAAAGAGGCUUUGAUCCCAAGGACACAAGAUAUCAGAGAAAGAAUAAAUCAAAGGAUAUUUCUGGAUGUUGAACCCGGAAAGAUUCUUGAACACCACAGUGAAUUUUCCAAGCACAGAUUACACAACUUCUAUUUUAUGUUAAGGAUAUUCUAAGAUAUGGAGGCAUAGUCAUGUCCUGGGCUAGGGAGAGAAGGUCUUCAACCAGAUGUCAAGGUCUAGGAUUUAUAGGACUCGGUCCCUUUCUUGAUUUUAUUCUGAGAGGAAAAUCCUUUGGAGGCUAGAGAGAUUGUGCCAAAUAAUUAUUAGAAUUUAACCGAUAGCUUUGGAUUCUAAUGAUUAGGAAUCCUAAAAAUGUUGUAUGGAAUGUUGGACAGAAUGAAUAUCUUAUUUUUCUUCCCUUUAUGGGCUGUUGACCUUUGUGAUUUAUACUACACUAGGGUAAGUACAUCUGUACCAGCUAAAAUCUUCAUCAUUUUCUCAAGUCUUAAUAUGAUACCUCCUGAAAGUCAUUUGAGUUUCUAUAAUUCUGUUAUUUUUAAAUACUUCAAAGAUAUUACCUUAAACGUUUUUUAGUGCAAACCCUUUAUAAAAUCAAAUUUGAUCUAAAGCUCUACUAGUUCUCAUCUUUGUUACCAUAGAAGGCAGUAGAUGGAGUAGGUUUGAAUGAAUGCACUCUCCUCUGAGGACUCGCCUUGUGCUGUCAGCGAAUGACAAGCCUCCAAACUUUGAAGCAACGAGUGCAGUUUCUUUUGCAACGCUCCAUCUUGAAGACCUUGUCACUGCCUGGGACUUGCCUCCUCUGCUCACAUCAUAGCCAGAACUGCUUUAUACUGUGUGCCGAGGGUCACAGUUUUCUCACAGAAACAUCUUUAAAUAUGCAUUUUUUUAAAAAAAGAAUUAUUUGUAAAUUUUCAUUAUCUUUAAAACUGAAUAAAAAAUAUUUUGUAAAGAGUUGAAACAAAAA